AUGACGAAAAAGAAGCGGGAGAAUCUGGGUGUAGCUCUAGAGCCAGAAACUCCCAUCAUUCCAGCUGCCCCAGAGCCGGCUCUGCUUCAGGAAGUGGUGCAGGGUGCCAGCUUGCAGAACGAGGCUGAGCUGGGGACCCAGUGGGUCAUCUCAAUCGAUGGGCUGGAAGAGAAGCUGUCCCAGUGUCGAAGGGACUUGGAGGCCGUCAACGAUAAGCUUGACCGGGAAGAGCUGAGCCCAGAGGCCAGGCGGUGUCUGGAAAAGGAGCAGAACAGCUUGAUGAGCAAAGUCUCCAACUAUGAGAAGGAGCUCAAGUUGCUUCGGCAAGAGAACCAGAAAAACAUGCUGCUGUCCAUGGCCAUCUUCAUCCUCCUGAGCCUGGUCUAUAUCUGCUGGACCUCGUGA